CGCUUCGUGCCGUCCUUCUCCUACUACCUGCCCACCCCCCACUCCGCUCCCCCCUCCGGGCUCUCGCUGGUCGCCCAACUCCAAAGCCCCCGCCUUUCCGCGAAUUUCCUCCCCGUCGGCUGCCCCCUGAUCCGGCUUCGGGUCCCGUGGAUCGACGCGCCGCCUCCUCGCGCUCGGGACGGUGGUUUUCCCCGGGAUUUACGGCGCCGGAAGUGGAGAGAUUUGCCGGCGCAGAUCUGGUGGUGGUCCGCUCUCAGAAGCAGUGUGUUCGCUGCCGGAUCUACAUUGCCACGGACGGGAUUAGCGUGGAGGAGACGACGCCCUCUGUGCUGGCUCCGUUCGGCUCCUCGGCUAUAGAUCUGGAAGGACUCUGGGUGAUCGGCUGCUGCAAGCUGCCUCAGGUGUAUUGGAGAGUCACCACUUCACCGAAGCAUCAUCGUCGCAAGCAUAGCCUGACAUGGAGGCUCUUGUGGUUAUACCAGAGCAGCACAACCAUCACCGCCACCCUGGUCCCCGUAGCAAGCCAUCAGGACCACACUUCACUUCACCACCACCAUCUCGUAGCUUCCGUGGAAUGAACUGCCGGUCGUUCUACUCUGGUGGCUGCAUGAGUGUCCUCCCUUCCCCACCACCCUCACCUGCCCGCACCUACUCAUCCCCAGAGCCCAAGGCACCUAAGCAGCAGCAGCUGCCUCGUCAUGGUGGCAAGCGCACUCGACCCAUUUCCUUAAGCCCCUCCACAUCUCCGUCCCGAUCUGAGCUGUGGGCGGGCCCGGCGUUCUCCAACUCUCCACCUCCCAGUUCACUGCCCAUCCCCAAGUUCUCCCUCCGCCAGAAGCGCAGCAUCUCUCUUGAGCUACCACCUGUUGAGCGCUCUGAUGAUGUGGAGGUCAGACUGCAUGCUAAAUCAGCUCCUUCAUCCCCGGUUGGGGGAUCAGGGUAUGAUUUCUUCAAUGACAAUGAAACUGCUACUGCUAUAGCAACAGAGAAUCUGAGGAGGAUUCUCCAGUUGGAUAUCACAGAUCAUUGAAUACUGGGAGGAUGGAAGGGUGGUUCCUGUGUACAUAGGUUAUCUUCCACUGACAUCUUUUCUACCUGCAUAGUAGUGUAUAGAGAUACCUGGUGGUUGUAAGAUAUGGUCAGUAUCAUGGUGGUGUAGUUCCGACUUCCUAGGAUAGCUGAAAGUGACACUGCCGUAUUGGGUGUUAUGGAGGUGGAUUCUAGAUUAAUAAGGAUGGGGUGGACGGCAGUUGAUAGUAUUCACUUAAAUGCUUCCUUCAUUUCUUAGUUAUAGAAUUUGAGCCCUCUGCAUUGUUUGCAUCCACAGUAUAUGUUCUGAACUGACAGUGGCAGUCUGCCAAAGUAGCAGUGUCUUCUGCUGCAGUUAGUUCGUGCAUGGGAGAAUGGCAUACAUCCUAAUCAGAUGUCAAAUAUUUGUAGGGUAUACCUGCAUUUAGUGCAUCCUGCAUGUCCUUGCAUGCUUGUUUCCUUCUAUCCUUUAGCCAACUCAUUCCACUCUUAACUAUCCUGGCUUCCUGGUGCUCUGCAAAGAACACUAUCUCCUCACCAGCUCUUCUGUUUUUUUUAUAAGGAAGAAGCUGGGUGGAAGAUGCAUGAAGCCCUUGUUCUCCCUUCCUCCUAUUCCAAUACUAACUUCCCUAUGCAUUCCUGUUGCGUAUCUGGCAUACCAUGCAUCUUCAUACAUCGUAGGCUCACCUAGUCGUCCCUGCAUUGCAUCCAACAUCAAUCCUUCAGUUAGCCGCAUGCUCAUUCAUUCCCACUAUAAGUUCAUGGACCACUUUAGGAGUUCUGAUUUUCUUGAAGCCUCGAAUGAUCCUGAGGGAAAGUUAGACUCUGAAGCCCUGCACUGCAUACAACACCUGAUGAGGUUUGGUUGUGUGCAAUGUUCUACCCUGUUCCGCUGUUACAUAAUGCCCUAGUUCCUGCUAGUGUCGCAUGCAUGCUCUGGAGAGCCUUGUAGGUUUAGCACUAGCAGUGAAGAAGCAGUAUUUGCUGGAUCUAGACUAUUAGUUAUCUGAAAUGCCAAGUUUGGUUGGUUGUCUCAUGUUUUGGUGUUAUCUGCAGAUACUUAUGUUUUGUGUUAGUUUAUGUGAUAAUGGUUCUGUGCCAAGAACUAGUUCAUCAUGUUAGAACUAGUAGUUGCUGGAUCUAGACUAUCAGUUGUCUGAAAUGCCGAGUUUGGUUGAUUGUCUCAUGUUAUGGUGUUGUCAACAUAUACUUGUGUUUUGUGUUAGUUUAUGUGAUAGCGGUUCUUUGCUGA